UGUUGAAAACGUCGCUUGCUGCGUUUGCGCCGCACCGCUAGCUAUAUAUCCUCUACGAAUUGCCUUGGCGCUGGCUUCUUUUAAAGUUCUUUUGUUGGUCCACAGGCAAUUGCUCUCUCGAUUGCCUUCCUGCAUCAUUUUGAACUCUCGGGUAUAUAUCUAGGGCUAUGUUCGUCCCAUCAUCCCAACAAACCAGCCCCGCCGCGUCUUCUGAUAGAUUGACGAAACCUACCUCUAUCACUUGAAGAAUCUCUCUCAACCACGAUCUAAAAUGUCUACCUCUCCCAUAAUCUCCAGCGUCUCUGGCAACUGGCGCAAGACUUCCAUAUCCUCAGUUGACAUUGAUCUUGAGGCACAAACCGUUACUGGGGCACGCGCCUCCUUCACCCUUCCCACUGCCAUCCAGGCAGCUUAUUCUGCUGCUACCCCUACGCACACACCUCAGCAGAAUGACAAUAUUACAGACCUGGUGGAUGUCUUUUUCGGGGUGACUCGCACCCGUGCGACUCGCGAGAGUCGUCAUGACUUAUACGUCGCUCCUAGUCGCAUUUCCGUGGCUUUAGAUGAAGAAGCGCCUCCUCCAUAUGCAGAUGCCACUGAGCCUCCAGCGUACGGCUACACUCCUGCAGAGCCUGUGACGCUUGCUAUGUAUCUGUUCAAAUGUGGAUUCUGUUUCCCACUCUUCUGGGCACUUGGAGCAAUCAUUCUGCUCUUGCCACUCGAGGCCCCUCCCGAUUUUGAACCAACGAAACCCGAGGAUGAGCGCCAGGAGUUGAUCCGCAUCAUGAGAGAUGUUGAGAUCAAGUGGGCUAAAAAAUCUGCUUGGGCACUCCUUAUCUUCCUCGUCAUGAUUGGCAUUAUCGUUGGGGCUAUUGUUGGUGUCUUGAGAUCAUAAGCAUUCGACACACGCCCACCUUUCCCCACACGACUAUUUUAUUCCCUCAAAGACCACUGCAUGAUUUCAUUUCCGUCUUCAUACGUCAUUUCAACGUCCUGAGGCUGGCCUCAGGUCA